UGUUGGAAUGACGUACUUACUGCAUGAACAGCGACACUACCUUGGUCUCACAGAGAGCAGAUAACAAUGUUAAUUGAGAAAAUAAUGUGUUUAUUAUGUUUAUAAAUUAGCUGUUUUAAUACCGUUUUGUAGAAAAUGUGUUAUGGGUAUCAAGGUUAUCGCUGUUCGGAUUUGAAGAGAGAAUCAAACGGAAAAAAAACCACCCAUCUAUAUUUAACUUUUGGCGCAGUUUAUAUUUUCUACAAAUAUGGAAAUAGAAGAAGCAUUUCAAGUGGUCGGAGGAAUGGGAAUUUAUCAAAUGUACCUUUGCUUUCUACUGACAUUUUUAUUAACGUUCUAUGUUUCUACUGAAGCCAUUCUUAUUGCCUUGGUGGGGUUGGCACCUCCCUUUGACUGGGAUCUGGAGAGACAGUUCACCAACCAAAGCCUGACCCACAAAUCAGCUGAUGAAGAUCAGAUAUUCAGACACUGGCUGCAUGAAGCAAACCAAAGUGAAGUGCACAGACAUGUGCACUUCAACGGGAGUUAUACAUCAAUUACAUCAGAGUGGUACUUGAUCGGGGAUGCAGCCUACAAAGUCUCCCUGGCAAGCUCCUUUUACUUUGGUGGCGUGCUGAUGGGAGUACUCGCCUUUGGCCAUCUCUCUGAUCGUUAUGGGAGAAAGAAAGUCUACCUCGCUGGUUUGGCGCUUGAUAUCAUGUUUGGAGUUACAAGUGGGCUUGCACCGUCAUACCAGCUGUUUGCUGCCUCUCGCUUUCUGGUGGGCAUUAUGAAUGGAGGAAUGUCCUUGGUUGCCUUUGUUUUACUGAACGAGUAUGUGGGCACUUCCUACUGGGCACUCACAGGAUCUUUGGGCAGCUUGUUUUUCGCUGCAGGAAUCUCUGUGUAUGCAGUGAUGGGUUAUUUCAUUCACUCCUGGAGAAUGCUGGCUCUUGUCACUAAUUUGCAAGGGGUGCUUUUAUUUGUGCUGUCAGUGUUUAUCCCUGAAUCGCCACGCUGGCUAUAUGCACAAGGGCGCCUUAGUGAGGCUGAAGAUGUCCUUUACCUCAUUGCGAAGAGAAACCAAAAACAGAAAUGCACACUGUCCUUAAAACCCCCGCUGGACAGACGAGAUAGGCAGACAGCGGGUGUCCUGGACCUGUUCUCCCACAGGAUUCUUCUGAAGCGCACACUUGUUAUGAUGUAUUCAUGGUUUGUGUGCAGUCUUGUGUACUAUGGCCUUACACUUAACGUAGGGAACAUGGGUGGGAAUCUGUACGUCAAUCUGGCUCUGUCCGGGAUUGCAGAGCUGCCUUCUUAUCCAAUAUGCAUCUAUUUAAUUGGUCGGAAAUGGUCUGGACGCAGAAGGACAUUGUCAGGAUUUCUAUUCUCGGGAGGUAUAGCCUGCCUCAUUAUCAUGUUCCUGCCAGAGAAACAAGAAACAGGUGUGUUUGCAUAUGUAAAUAGCAGGUCACUGUCUUUGCUGGGGAAGAUGACAGUCAGCGCAGCCUUUAAUAUUGUCUAUAUCUACUCUUCAGAGCUCUAUCCCACUGUAGUCAGGAACAUUGGGAUGGGCAUGUGCUCUGUGGCAGCUAGAAUAGGGGGCAUCAUCACAGCCUUCAUCCCUUCUCUGAAAUCAGUCCAGUGGGCCUUACCUUUUAUUGUGUUUGGUGUUGCUGGCUUAUCAGCGGGAGUUCUGAACCUCUUGUUACCAGAAACCCUCAACACGCCCCUGCCGGAGACCAUUUCUGACUUGCAUGCUGUGUCGUAUCGGAGACUCGGAGACGAAGGGUUGCCAUUGCAGGCAUUCAGCAACGGAUUGAUAACAGAAAGCCCUGGAGAGACUGACGAGGAAGAAUACUUGGACGUGAACGAACAAACUCAAAUGAUCUUGUGAGCAAUUUAACUGGAAUUCUACACUAAUUCAGAAUGAGUUUGCAGCACAAUAAGCACUACAGCUUAAAUACAGCCCUUAUCCAAUUUCCUCUUUAGAAUUUGACAGCACAGAAAGAACAACUCCUGCUUCCAUGAGCUGCAAUGACUUUGGUUUAAAACAAUAUUAAACUGUCUAUCUUUAAACUGUGGUAUAAAAAGUAAACUGCUGUAUAGAAAGACUAUUGAACUGGUAUCGAUCUGGUAUGUGUAAAACAACAAUGUAAAAGCUAUCAAAUACAUCUGUCUGGAUAAUUUAAUUUGUUUAUUUUUUAGAUUGCUAAUAGACUGCUCAUAUCAGCGUUAAUCGACGUAGUUUUUAUCGCAAACCUAUAUUGUAAAAAAAAACUUCUAGCACAAAAUCUAGACUGUAGCACAUAUGUUAUUCUGCACUGUGUGGUUCUUCAGUGCUUGAAGUUUCUGCACCAGACAAACUUGAAUGUGUCUUUGUGCAAUUUAUUUAGAGAUCAUGCGCUUUACAAAUAUUGACUUAAGGCUCAUUUUAAUAAUUGCAAGUGGGUAUUGUAUAAAUAUAUAAAAGUAUAUAUUAACUAAGCUGCAUUUCCAUAUACACUGCUCUCACACCUCAAAUUGGCAUUCUGGUGAUUUCUUUCCAAAUUUCCUCUUUGGGAUAUGCUGAAUGUUCUAUUGAGCUGCCGUUUAGACUUGAUUUAAGCAGAGGCUUUAAUUAUAUACAGUGAUAGCCAAAGUAUCUACACCCUCAAUUAAUUUCUGAAUUAUUCCUGUGAAUAACAUGCAAUGAAUGUUGACUUUGAUCAAAUGUUUUGAUGUACUGAAGUAGAAACAUGAAGGCAUUUGUUUGUGGAUAACCCAGACUAGGGAUGGGUCAGUAUACCAAUUUUUUUUGUUUACCGCAGUUUAGGUACAUUACGGUAUUAAUACCGUUCCUUUUAUUCUACACCGCAAUUAUCGUAAUUCCUUUAUACAAUGGUUAACACGUUUUUCAUCUGCAAACACACUUCUUCUAAAUCAAGCGACCGUACUUGCAGCCUUAGCAAAGUGUCUGAAGCAGAUCUUUUUGUGAACUGAUACUGUAUUUUGAUAAUGGUUUUGAAGGAAACUGUCAGUGACACAGAAUACACGCGUCAAUGGCUGUGUUCUGUUACCCAGAGCUUGCUGCUCUUGGCUGCUGUCUUUCUGACGUAACGUUUUCUCACGCAACUUUAAGAGAAACACCUUCUCCAAACGUUCCUGCAUAGUACACAUUUUCAGCAUGCUAUAUUUACAUUUGUCUGGAUUAUCAACAGUUAGUUUCAUGUAAUUGAUCAACAUUAACUUUAUUGUAAAAUUAUACAUCACUGUACACAUACAAACUCCACAUGUGUAAUAAUCAUUGGAAG